CCACCUGGUCGGUGGCGGCCGCGGCGGGUCUUCAACAUGCAGAGCACGGACCUGGGCAACAAGGAGAGCGGCAAGAUAUGGCACCGCAAGCCAACCCCCGCCACUCGCGAUGGAAUUGUAGUGAACAUCAUUCACAGCACUUCUGAAUAUCUUCCCAAAGUUUUGCGCUUUUUGAAUGUGGCGUUCGACAGCUCCGGCGAUUGCUUUAUUGCUGGGGACCAUCAAGGAAAUAUCUAUGUGUUUGACUUGUACGCAAACAGGUUUAAUCUUGUCCAGCGAACAGCACAGGCCUGCACGGCUCUGGCCUUCAGUCUUCGCAGGAAAUCCGAAUUCCUGGUGGCGUUAGCUGACUAUUCCAUUAAAUGUUUUGAUACAGUGACCAAGGAGCUCGUCAGCUGGAUGCGGGGACAUGAGUCGGCAGUGUCUUCCAUCUCCGUGCACGCCUCAGGCCGGUACGCCAUCACCACCUCCUCGGACACUGCGCAGCUCUGGGACUUGGACACCUUCCAGAGGAAAAGGAAGCUGAACAUUCGCCAGUCGGUGGGCAUACAGAAGGUUUUCUUUCUGCCAUUAAGUAAUACCAUCCUUAGCUGUUUCAAAGAUAAUUCCAUCUUCGCCUGGGAAUGUGAUACGCUCUUUUGCAAAUAUCAAUUGCCAGCCCCACCGGAAAACUCGAGCCUGUUGUACAAAGUGUUUGCUGUGACCAGAGACGGCCGAGUCCUAGCCGCUGGGGGCAAAUCGAAUCAUCUUCAUCUGUGGUGCUUGGAAGCUAAGCAGCUCUUUCGAAUCAUCCAGAUGCCGACUAAAGUCCGGGCCAUUCGACACCUAGAAUUUCUUCCUGAUAACUUCGACGCUGGUUCUAAUCAGGUUCUUGGAGUGCUGAGUCAAGAUGGAAUUAUGAGAUUCAUCAAUAUACAGACUUGUAAACUUCUCUUUGAAAUUGGGAGCCUCGACGAGGGAAUUACCUCCUCGGUAAUUAGUCCGCAUGGACGGUACAUUGCAUCCAUUAUGGAAAACGGAAGUGUGAAUGUAUACUCCGUUCAGGCUCUCACCCAAGAAAUAAAUAAGCCGCCACCUCCUCUAGUGAAAGUGAUUGAAGGUCUGCCCAAGAGCCAGGGCAGCGCCGGUGAGCUGAAGGUGAAGGUCACGUCGGGAAGGGUGCAGCGGCCAGCGAGAGCGAGGGAAGGCAAAGCACACGCGGUGGCGAGAGCAGUGACCCAAGACCUGGCUGGCAAGGUGGAGGGGACAGAGAAUGAAUUGCCAGAUGGGUUAAACAGAAAGCGCCUGCAAAUCUUGUUAAAAGGCUAUGGUGAAUACCCAACAAAAUACAGAAUGUUCAUUUGGCGCUCCCUCCUCCAACUGCCUGAGAACCACACGGCCUUCAGUAGCCUGGUGGAUAAGGGUGUGCAUGUGGCCUUUCUCAACCUGCAGAAGAAAUACCCCAUCAAGAGCCGGAAGCUGCUGCGAGUAUUGCAGAGAACUCUGUCUGCGUUAGCUAACUGGUCCACCAUCUUCACUGACACGCCGUAUCUCCCGCUCCUGGCAUUUCCGUUUGUGAAGUUAUUCCAGAACAAUCAACUCAUCUGCUUUGAAGUCGUUGCUACCCUCAUAAUGAACUGGUGCCAACACUGGUUCGAAUAUUUCCCCAAUCCACCGGUCAAUAUCCUCAGUAUGAUCGAAAACGUGCUGGCCUUCCGUGAUAAGGAGCUGCUGCAGCAUUUCCUGGCUCAUGACGUCACUGCCCAGCUGUACGCCUGGCCCCUGCUGGAAACAGUCUUCUCCGAGGUGCUGACCAGGGAGGAGUGGCUGAGGCUGUUCGACAACGUCUUUUCCAACCACCCUGCCUUCCUCCUCAUGGCCGUGGUCGCCUACAGCGUCUGCUCCAGAGCGCCCCUGCUCCACUGCAGCCUGCGCGAUGACUUUGAGUACUUUUUUCACCACCGGAACAACCUGGACAUCAAUGUUGUGGUUCGUGAAGCGUACCACCUCAUGGACACCACCCCCUCCAGCAUCCACCCAGAGAGCAUGCUGGGUGCCUUUGCCGCGCUGACGCAGGGGCAGUACCCCGUAUUCAAUCAGUACCCGAGGUUUAUUGUGGAUUAUCAGACGCAAGAGCGAGAGCGAAUACGGAACGAUGAGCUGGAUUUUCUAAGAGAGAGGCAGACAAUUGAAGACAUGCAAGCUGAGGUCGACCAGCAGGAAGCUGAAGAUGAAGCUUGGCACCAAAGGCAAGAGCUCCUUCGUAAGGCUGAGGAAACCAGACGAGCACUUCUCUUUCGGGAAGAAGAGAAAAUGCUGGAACAAAGACAGCGCCUGGCAGCUGUGAAGCGAGAGCUGAAGAGAAAGGAAAUCCACUUACAAGACGCCACCCGGAGGCGCCUGCUGCAGCAGCAGCUGGACCAGCGCGAGAUGGAGCUGAGGCGACUGGACGACGAAAUCGAGAGAAAGGUCUAUAUGAGGGAUCAAGAAAUCACGACCACCGCCAAAGAGCUGGAGAUGAGGAGCCUGGAACUCGAGGCACAGAGGAGGCUUUAUGAGAAGAAAUUUAGUAGAAAUCAAGAAGAUGUCGCCAAAGAACUGAGAGCGGAAGCCGAUGCCUACAGGCGGAAGGUGGAUCUGGAAGAACACAUGUUUCACAAGCUCGUAGACACAGAGCACGCUCAAAGCCUGAAAGCUCAGAAGUUACUGGAGGAAAACCUGGCCAGCGCCGAGCAGGCCUGCGUCGAUGCGCACUGGCGUAUCCAAGCCUUCCAGAAGCAGAGACAGGAUGACGUGCAGCGCAGCGAGUGUUACCGCGAAGUCGCCGAGCUCCUCCGGAACCACAGGAGGAAAGAGACGGCGGUGUUAGACGCCAUGACGGAGGCGGAGUCGGCAAAGUGGGACGAAGUCGAAGACAAAGAGUCCCAGCUGAGAUCAGGAAAGACAGAGUGUGCCCAUUUAGAUGGGUCCAGAAGGUGGUUCUUGGAGCAGGAGCUGAGUGAGGCCUUAGGCCACGCCCAACACCCGUGUUGUUUCGAAGGCACCUUACACCGCAGACCACCAGGCCCGGAGCCCUCGGAGCAAGACCUCAUGGAGAGAGCGAGAUCCGUCCGCCAGAGGCUGGCGGCGCGUGCAAGGGGCAGGUGUCCGGACCCCCCGCUUUUGGUAUCUUAGGGGCCACGUGACCCGGAGACAGCGAGAGACUCCUGCAUUGCAAUCACGGACCUGAUUCUUCUAGAUUAUUUAUUUUAAAUUCCUAUUACACUCAGCUUUCGUAUGGGAAAGCAAAACGUGUCCAACAAUUAUGUGUUCUAUUUCAUCCGGUACUUUGGGCUUGUAAAUAGCUUCUGGUACUUUUACAAUAAAAUCUUUUUGAGCCAUUGAAA